AUGGAAACCACCAAACAACCCAAGAAGAAAAAAUGGUUUGUACCACUCAUCUUCUCUCUUCUCCUCACCACUUUCCUCAUCCUUCUCUCCAUCUUCAUCUCCUCCGAUUCCUCAUCCUUACUCUACCUUUCCCGUUCAAGAACUAACCAAAACUCACCUCAUUUUGUCGAAUCAAAGCUAAGGGUUUCUUCAACAUCACCCAUUAACUCAGUCCCAAGGAUCGCUUACUUGAUCUCAGGUUCAGCUGGUGACGGAGAGAGUUUGAAGAGAACCCUUAAAGCCCUUUACCAUCCAAGAAACCAAUACGCUGUUCAUUUGGAUUUAGAAGCUUCUCUUCGAGAAAGAUUGGACCUUGCUAGCUUUGUAAGGAAUGAACCUCUUUUUGCUGAAUUGGGUAAUGUUAAGAUGAUUGUUAAGGCGAAUUUGGUUACUUAUAGAGGUCCUACUAUGGUUACGAAUACUCUUCAUGCCGCUGCACUUUUGUUCAAAGAAGCUGGUCAUUGGGAUUGGUUUAUUAAUCUCAGUGCUUCUGAUUAUCCCUUGCUCACACAAGAUGAUCUACUACAUACUUUGUCGUCUAUUCCAAGACACCUUAACUUCAUUGAGCAUACUAGUGAUAUCGGAUGGAAGGAAGAUCAGAGAGCGAAGCCUGUUAUAAUUGAUCCGGCGCUUUAUAGCGUCAAUAAAUCUGAUGUGUUUUGGGUGACGGAGAAAAGAAGUGUUCCCACAGCAUAUAAGCUGUUUACAGGUUCUGCGUGGAUGAUGCUCUCUCGUCAAUUCGUUGAAUAUAUGUUAUGGGGAUGGGAUAACUUACCUAGAAUAGUCUUGAUGUAUUAUGCCAACUUUCUAUCUUCCCCUGAAGGAUAUUUCCACACGGUCAUCUGCAAUGCCGAGGAGUUUCGUAACACUACGGUGAACCAUGAUCUCCACUUCAUAUCAUGGGACAACCCUCCCAAACAACACCCACAUUUCCUUACAGCUGAUCACUACCAGAGUAUGAUAGACAGCAACGCUCCUUUUGGUCGAAAAUUUGGCAGGAACGAGCCUCUCUUGGAUAAAAUUGAUACCGAACUCUUGGGGCGAAAUGACCACGGCUAUGUGCCUGGCACGUGGUUCAGUCGAGCUAAUCCAAACAUCACCAAACCAUAUUCUUAUAUAAGAAAUAUCACUGAACUUAGACCUGGCCCUGGUGCAGGAAGACUUAAACGCCUUAUCAAUGGUUUAUUAUCAGCAGAAGAUUUUCAGAAAAAUCAGUGUUCUUGA